AUGUCGUCCAAAAGCUUUGGUAAGCGGAUGGGCUUCAAGAGGUCAAACACUGACAGGGAACCCGUCACUGUGACCGAAUUCACCGAUGAAGGCGGAGAACGGGCUGGCAACAGUAGCAUGGUAGCAGGCCAUGGAGAUGCCAAUCCCAUCAUCGAAGAGGUGGUGCGCGACAUCAGCGAAACCGAAGCCAACCAUCGGCUCUCUGCUUUUCGCCGCGACCACAAAUGGGACCCGAACAUGCCAGACGAAGCCAUUGAGAUGGUUGACGCGGUCACUGACGCUCACGACCACAAGGGCGAGGCACAUCUCGUCGGAGAAGUGAUUGAGAAUUCACCGUAUCCCGAACUAAUCAUUCUUGAGGUCCGCGCAGUUGUCCGGAACUACGAUGAAGACGUGCCAACAUCCACGAUCCGAGCCUGGACAAUCGGCCUUCUCAUGACUACUAUCUGCUCAUCGGUGAACGCUCUUUUCUUGUUGCGUUAUCCGAUCGUCUCAAUUGGCCCAUACGUCGUAUUGCUGUUGGCUUACCCAAUCGGGCUCCUCUUUGCGAAAGUUCUCCCGAACAAGGAAUUUUCCAUUUUCGGCCUUAAGGGCAAUCUGAACCCUGGACCUUUCAAUGUCAAGGAGCAUGUUAUCAUCGUUGCAAUGUCAAACGCCGCUUUUGGUGGUGGAGCUGGCUACUUCAUCGAUACUGUGGUCUCACUGCGCAAGUUCUACAAUUUCGACACAAGUUCAUUUGGCUGGGGUUUUAACAUUCUCUUCGCCCUGUCCACUCAGUGUCUCGGUUUUGGACUUGCAGGUUCUGUCCGAAAGUUCCUUGUCGAGCCCGCAGCUAUGAUCUGGCCGGGCGCUUUGGUGAACGUUGGCUUCUUGUAUGCUCUUCACGAUCAUCGGAAGAGUGACCCUUCCAAGACCAAUGGUUGGUCCAUAUCCCGUUACCGGUGGUUCAUGUAUUGUAUGGGCGGUAUGUUUGUUUGGUCUUGGUUACCUGACUUCAUCAUCCCGGCGUUUAGCACUUUCGCCUGGGUCACCUGGAUCAGACCCAAUAACGUUGUCAUCAACCAGCUUUUUGGUCAGUCAACCGGAAUCAGCCUCGGAUUUCCCUUCACUGGCUUCACUCUUGACUGGGCACAAAUCAACGGAUUUUUCAAUAGUCCGUUGAUCAGUCCCUGGCAUGCGCAUGCCAACACUGGUAUUGGCAUUAUAUUCUUCGUCUGGAUCAUCAUUCCCGCCCUCAACUUUUCCAACGUCUGGUAUGGUGACCACGUGUCCAUAUCUCAGAACAGCAUUUUGGACAACACUGGCAAGGUCUACAACACCACCCGAAUCCUCACCCCAGAGCACGUUGUAGAUCCCUCCAAGUACGAGGCAUACUCACCUCUAUUCCUCUCUACCGCGAAUGCGUUCGCAUAUGGCCUCAGCUUCGCCAGCAUCGCGUCUCUUGUCAGCCACACUUACCUAUUCCAUGGAGCCGAGAUCUGGCGUCGCUGGAGGUCGUCCACAGGAGAGCUUGAUGAUGUCCAUAUGAAAAUCAUGCGCAAGUACAAGCUCGUGCCUACUUGGUGGUAUCUCGGUCUCAUGGCAGUUAUGGUUGCCUUUGCCUUCGCUUCCGCUCUCGCAUUUCCUACCGGAAUGGCCUGGUACUCUGUCGUCCUUUCCUUGAUCAUUGCAGCCACAUGGACAAUUCCAAUCGGUAUCAUCCAAGCUUUCACCAACAUCCAGCUUGGUCUCAAUGUGUUCACUGAGUUCAUAAUCGGCUAUGUCCAGCCUGGCCACCCCAUCGCCAUGAUGAUGUUCAAGACCUUUGGUUACAUCGUCAUGACUCAAGCACUGUACUUUUGCCAGGACUUGAAGAUUGGCCACUACAUGCACGUACCCCAGCGCUCGCUCUUCACCGCACAAUUGGUGGCUACCGUAUGGUCGUGCUUGUGCCAGCUUGCCACAGUCGAAUGGGCGAUGGGAGCUAUCAAGGGCGUGUGCACGGCGGCCGCAACUGGCUCAUUCACGUGCGCAUACAUCAAGACAUUCUACAACGCCAGUGUUAUCUGGGGUGCUAUUGGCCCCAAGCACUUGUUCUCCGGAGAUUCCACCUACAAGAAUCUCCAAUUCAUGUGGCUUGCUGGAUUUGCUGCUCCAUUCCUCGUCUGGGGUCUUUCGCGCAUGUUCCCCAGAGUCAGCCUGAUCCGAAAGAUUAGCAUGCCCCUGGUCUUCGGCUGCAUGAGCUACGUUCCACCUUACUCCCCCAUGAACAUUCUUUCAUGGGUCCUGGUCGGUUAUGUCUUCAACAAAUGGAUUCGGAACAAGUACCGUGGCUGGUGGAUGCAGUACAACUACAUCACUUCCGCUGCGCUCGAUGUUGGGCUUGCGCUUUGUAACAUCCUCCUAUUCUUCUGCGUUCUUUUACCUGGAGCUGCUAUGCCCGACUAUUGGGGCACAACAUGGGUCGCCGAGACCCUUGACAUGUCUCAACAGGCGGUGAGGAGUGUUGUCGCCAAAGGUGAGUAUUUUGGUCCGAGAAAGGGAGAGUGGAAGUGGUAA